GCGCCGCUGCCUCACAUCGAGGAUAUGGUGGCCUUUCCCCAGGACAUCAAUCGGAACCAGCCGAUGAGGCACCUGCUGGAGAUGGCCGAGACGACGUUGGCAAAGUCUGAAAUGAGCCGCGACUUUGGAAAGCCGGCCCUUGCCUUUAAAGACUAUGUCAAGGCAUCUGUCCUCGCUGUACAGAUCAUUCCGUCCCACAGCGACUAUGUAGAACUAAAGAGCCGUCGUACGGACUGGAACCGAAGGCAUUCGCAACUCUUGAAACGAAUAUCUCAGCAGAGUGACAUAUAUGACAAAAUAAAGCGGGAUAUCAUGGCAGACAAUGAGAGGACUGGCGUCCAGCCGACCGUUGCUCCCUCUGCCCAGAAGAAAGUCGGCGCAAACAUUUCGCUAGCACAGGCAUUCCCAAUUAGAGACGUGAGCCCGACAUCGCGAGCGCCAGCCGAUGAUCCACCGCAACCCCGAGUCAACGGCUCUCCCGGAAAGUUCAAGCCUACGGUGCACCCAAAACCGCAGUCUUUGGCUGGCCAUGCCAUCAAGCCUGGACAUGCGCGCGCCGCCUCUGCGGCCUCAGCUACCUCCUCAACCCAAGCCAUGUCGGAUCUGGCUGCGCGAUUUGCUAAUCUUCGAGGCCCUCAGCCCUCGCCAGGACAGGAUCCUCGCAUCAAGACGCACCAAAUCGUCCCGCCGCCUAGCAAGCCUGCUGGACCCCGAGAAAUGCCACCACCACGUCCCAAAAUAUCGCUUGAUAGCGCAAUACCCGCGCUGCCCAAGAUGCCUGAUGCGAUAUACAGCCCUGCACGAGGUAGCAUCUCAGGGGAAUCCGCUCGCAUGCCGCCUAGCACGCCACGGGGCCAUUACAGCCGCACAGGGUCAGUUGUGUCCCUCAAUAGUGCGACAGGGACCCCUCUGCCACAGCAAGGCGCCGAUUAUUUUACGUCUCAGCCAUAUAGAAAUGGAAACAAUGACACACCGCAGCCACCAGAGAGUGCUUUCAAAGUUCCGGAGGGGGAUAGGAUUACGCCUGAAGAGCUGUUUGAUGCUAUGAAGGCAAAGGGCUCGGUUCUAAUCAUAGACGUCCGUGCUCGCGAAGACUUUGAUGAGGGCCACAUCAUGUCCUCUUCCACGAUUUGCGUCGACCCGAACAUCCUCACGCGGCCAAAUAUUUCUGCUGACGAUAUAGCUGAGAGUCUGGUUCUAUCUCCAAGCCUGGAGCAAGUUCAGUUUGAACGACGGGCGAGCUAUGAUUUGGUGGUGUUUUAUGAUCAGGACUCAGCAAAGAUUCCUUCUCCUCAUUGGAACGACGAAGAUACACCUUUAUCGUCCUUGCAUCGCGCUCUAGUACAUCUUAGCUAUGGCCACGAGCUGCGAAAUUCUCCAAAGCUGCUCAAGGGCGGGUUGGACGCAUGGGUCGACCUCAUGGGCGCAGCUUCUCUGCAAUCGACCGCUCCGCCUAAACCAAAGAAAGUUUCCUUGGUGCGGCAGAGCCCGUUCCAACGGCGGCCCUCGCAAUACUUGGGAAAGCCACUUAGGCCCGAUAUUGUCAAGGUUUGGCAGCAAGCUGUGGAGAUUGAAGAAAAGGAGACCGAGACGGCAACAGAACAAGCCUUUCACCGUUCAACAGAGUCCUUUUUGAGGAGAUUUCCUUCCUUGUCCCUUCAGGAAUCAAUGACUUCGCCUGCCAUCGCCGAACAAAGAACUCCAGGCUACGGCUCAUCUCACCAGGUCGAUUUAUAUACCGAUCUACCUUCUCCGCCUACAAGGCCAGCCCCAGCAUUACCGCGAUUAAGCUACAGCAGCUUGACUCAAACUGUCGAUGACCACGACAUGUAUCAUGAGCCGGUCCAAGUGGCUCCCACACCACCGCCUUCCGAGAAAAGCUUUUACACUGGCCUAAACAACCCUCACAACUGGUGUUACGCCAAUAGUACUCUUCAGUCACUAUUAGCAUCGCCCAAUUUUGGAAGGGAGCUGAGCGACUCGGAAUGGAUCGACAAGUAUAGUGCACCUAGGAAAGAUGACGAGAAGAUUGAUCAGCCUCAACUGAUGAUCAAGAUCAUAUCAAAUUUGUUCCAUUGGAUGACAACGGGAAAAUUUCAAACUAUGAAAGCUCAGACAUUGAUGGACUAUUCCCUUCAUCUUUGCCAAAACAGUCAAACUAUUUCCAAGUUUGGCGGAACUGGGCAGCAAGAUGCUCAAGAAUUCAUGUCAUUUUUAUUAGACUACCUGCACGAUGAGACCAAUUCUCGCCGAAAUCUCAAGGGCAAUAUUGCGCAGCCAAACACAAUUCCCCAGGCGCGCUUACAGGCUGCCACCGAGUAUUGGAAAAACUACCAAGAACUAAAUCGAUCCAUUGUGGACCGAUAUUGGCGUGGUCUUGAGCUAUCAACGGUCGACUGCCAACGGUGCCAUAAGCAAACGCACACGUUUUCGACAUUUGACUUGGUUUUUGCACCCGUCGGCAAGAACCAAGACAUUACUCUCGAGGACUCAUUCCGAGAACACAACGUCGUCAACACACUAGACAAUUUCGCAUGCGACACAUGCAGGAAAAAUACAAAAGCCAUGCAAACCACUUGCUUUGCCCGCAUGCCCCCGCUGCUAUGCCUCAGCUUCCGCAGAUUUGACUUUGACAAAUCUGUAGGAGACAUCAAGAAAUCCACAAGAAAAGUCACAUGGGACUUUAACGAGAUUGAUCUCACCCCCUAUUUCAUGCGAACAAACGAAAGCACGAAUGAUAGAGCCUUUUCGGGGCCGUUCAAGUACGAAUGCUACGCCGUAAUUGUCCACAGCGGCAGCAAGACUGACAAUGGGCAUUACUAUGCGUACGUGCGAGACUCGAGCACCCAUGACCCGUACGCGUGGUACCGCUGCGAGGAUAGCCACGUUACAAAAGUCCGCAUUGGCACGGGCGAUGCCUCGGAUUUCAAAGAGAGAGUGUUCAAAUCGGGGCGAGACACUGUCCCUUAUCUGGCGUUUUUCAGGAGAAAG